AUGGCUGCGUUUGAUGAUGCGGGGUAUGAGGUCCGAUACCAGAUCGUAAACCCCCUUGCACAGGGCAUUCCAGCCAGUAGGCCGAGAAUUCAUUAUCAAGGCCUCUGUCGGUCCAAGCAGCCAAACUUGAACCCAGUGGUAGCCAUGGACAGUGUUUUGGAUUCAUGGAAGCAGUUGAACGAAAAGUGUGUCGUCAACCACAAGUUGAGUGACUACUUGUUUGAUGAAGAUGACCUCCACACAGAGCCUGAAGUUGCUGACAACUUCCCAUGCCCGCCAUCAUCAGCACAGAAGACACCCACGGGUCGGAAGAGGGAGACCAUCCAUGAAGAGUUCAAGAGAUCAUUGAAGGUGGAUCCAGUCCGUUUGCGAGAGGUCUUCAAGGAUUACGACCAGAGUGGCAACCCCUUCUGGCGGCAGCUUCCACUGAGGGAGAAGGAGAUCAUCGCCAUUAUGGACAUCCUUCGCCCUGCUUUGAAUGAAGGGGAUGAAGAGGUCAUGGACACGUGUACUCAGCAUAUUCAUGAGGAUUGCGGGACGGUCUGCGGCCUGGCAGAAGCCUUGGUGAAGGAGACUCUUCCCAGCAUCUUCGAUGAACUUGCAGGUCAGUUCAAAGCUGCAUGUCUUGAAAGCCAGGACUGGUGGAAGCAAGCAGUUCCAUCAGGAAUCAUGCCCAGAAAUGCCCCGCUGGACUUCUGGGUUCGAGCCGCUGCCCAUGAGCUUCCUUCUGAGAAGAUCAAAUGCCUGGAGUCCGUCCGAGAAGCAUGCAAUUCCUCCCAGUCAGUGCUGAAUGAUUGCCGACGUUCCUACGACAAGGCAGUUGUGAUGCAGAGCCUCUGCCAGGUCCAGAGCCUCAUGAUUUCCCAGCAGCUGACUUCAUCCCCAUCCUUGGAGACUUUGUCUGACACACUGCCCAAGCUCCAGAAGCCUUGCCAGAAUAUGGUUGCUGCUGUCUUGAAGCUCGCCGACGACCCCAGCCGUGAUCAAUUCUCUGCAGAGAUUGUCAGGCUCUCGGUUGAACCCAUUUCCGGCGACGUCGUGAAUGCUCUGAGCACAUAUGUGAACAAGGUGCUGUGGAAUCUGGUGGGGCUUCCUGUCCAGAAGUACGAUGGGAAUGACAGUGUUAUGAUUUGUGAUAUCCGAUAUCAGAUAUCAAUUGCAUUUGAAGUUGAGAACAAAUGA